UCGAAAUAUUUUAAGUUGAGCUAUAGUUUCUCAAUGUGUGAAUAGUUUCCGUUGAACCCGCACUAGAGAACUUUCGGCUGCUUUAGAUGCUGCUUCAAGGAUCUCGCAAUCAGAUAAGCGCCGUCUGUGUUGAUGACCCAAUCACCCAAUGCUUCAAAGCUGUGCCCUUGGAGUGGAGCGAGUCUUCGAUGAAGUGGAGUACACGCAGCUGCGGAUUAAGAUUGAGACCUUCAGCCAGCGCUGCAACUCCUUCGUCAUAAAUUGACUUUUCUUGCUAUUUAGUUUUCCCAAGCAUCUGCAAACAGUUGCAUACUCUGAUAUUGCCGCACCCGGAUUCUCUAGGCGAUUACGUCCGGCAACAAAAAUACACAAUUGCAAUAGUGUUCCAGACGCUUUGGUAUUAGCAUGCAGCCACCCUCAGGAUCCAUUCCGCAGCUACUGCAGCAAAUAGUUAAAAGAAUAAGAAAUGCAGAGAGCAGCUGGUAUCAUUACAUUUUUGCCAAAAUUUCACAAAUCUAAACAUUCCCAAAUUUGAAUGCAGCUUUGUGCAGAUACAUCUUGCAAUCCAGCAUGGCCUCGGACAGCAUGCAGCCAUCCACAGGAUCCUGCAGCAGAUAACAAACGGACGGCAGCAAUUUAAGCAAGCGUAUUGUUCAGUUACAACUCACGAGAUUAACAAGGCAUGACACUCUGAUGGUCGGAGUUUCAUGCCUUGUUAUCGCCAGAGGUAUUAGCCUAGAGAAUGUGAGUGCAUCGAAAAUAUUUGAAGUAAUCAAGAUUCUGUAGACGCUUGGGGCAAUUCAAUUGCAACAAAACUUAUCACGAAGCAGUUGCAGCGCUGUCUGAGGGACUCAAUCUUAAUUCGCAGCUGCGUGAACUCCAUCUCAGCGAAAACUCCCUCAACUUCAAAGGUUGCUUUCGUACUUUCGACAGUGUUGAAGCGCAUGCCACAUUUGGUUGAGAUCAACUUUGCUGAUUGCAUCAUCGAGUUACACGGCGCUUGUCUGGAGCAGCAACUUUAGCAACUGGAAGAUCUGGAUUUCGGGCUUAACGAAGUAACAUAUGAUGAUAAUUGCUUUGAGAAGAUAAUAACUUAACUUAAAAACCAUUCGACUGGAGAGUCCUUUUGCUUUAGUGAACUCGUCGUAUGCUAAAUAAAUAUAAUAUAUGUUUGACAUGUGUUUGAUCAAUUAAAUCAAUACGCGCUCAAGCCGUUUUGAAACUCAAAGUGUCGCUAUGGAGAAGUCAAGUCGUCCCAAGCGCAAUCGCCGUCACAGCAGACGCGCUUGGCCACCAGAGGAUGAGAUGCAGCAAUCCCGGGCUGCCAAGCGUCUGUUUACGCCGGACAUUAAACGCAUGCUCAAGGAUUGGCUGGUGCGCCGACGCGAGAAUCCCUAUCCCAGCAGAGAGGAGAAGAAACAGCUGGCGGCAGAAACAGGCCUAACGUAUACGCAAAUCUGCAACUGGUUUGCCAAUUGGCGACGCAAGCUCAAGAACUCGGAACGUGAAAAGGCCAAAAAGUCCUGGGGUCAUCUCAUCAAGAACUACAAUCACAAUGCGCGCGGCAAUGUGGAACAAUUCAGCAUCUCCUCGGAGGAUAGCAUUUGGGAGGAGGAUAUGCGCGCCUGCAUGGCCGAAGAUGAUGAUGAGCUCUCCAGCCGCAGCACGGGCAGCGAUGGCAAUGGCAACAAUGCCAGCUACAAGGCCAACGUUUACUUGGAAGCAGCAGCAGCAUCGCUGCCAACGGAGCGUGUUCCUUUUCUGUCGAGCGCAGGCAACGGCACAGCCAAGUACAAGCAGCAAAUAAUGGAGAAAUACCUGCGCGAUUGCCACCCAGAUAUGGAACACAGCAAUGGCAAUCAAUUGAACAAAUGGCUGGAAAGCGCAGCCAGAUUUACGCCAGAUAGACACAACUAUCACAUAGAGUGGAGCAGACACAAAUCUCAGGCGUUGCUGCCCAGCCAGCUGCCCGUUCGUGGUGAGCGCUGGCUGCUGCAUCACAAGGAUGAGCUGGAUGCAGCUGAGGCCCUGGCGAAUCUUGCCUUCAACUGCAGACAACGAUGGCAUCAACAGACAACAGUAAGCUCCUAGUAUGCCCAGGUGCAGACAAGCAGACGCUAUCAUUC